AUGUUAUCUCCUCUGGAGAAAAUAGACAAGGCGAUACGAGCAACUGACUUAGAUGCAUUGGCAUGUAGGCACAGUGCAAAUCAAGCCAACUACAUUACCCCUCAAGAUCCAUUUAUAGAACCCUUGAUUCUAUCAUACAAAUCGAAUUUGCAAUAUUGUUCAGGAUACACAAACCUUUCAGCUGGCAGAACACUUAGAUCUGUAUUUGGAGAAAGAAAGUUGCCCUUGAUAAACAGAGGUACAUAUUUAAGAACCAAACUGAUCGAUCAAGUUACAGAAGAAUUUAUUAAACAGUUCGAUGUGUGCCAAAUACUUUCAUUAGGAGGAGGCUCUGAUACUAGGGGGUUCAGGUUUCUUGAAAAGUUUGAAAGGGUUAUCUACCAUGAGAUUGAUUUUCCAGAGUCUACGAAAAUUAAGAAAGUGGCAAUCUUGAGAAACGAGAAAUUGAAAUCGAUUGUUGAGUCCCAAGGUGAAUCUGUAGAUAUUACGAGCAAAGAACAGUUCCAACAGCUAAGUCCAAAUUUACAUACCAAGAGAUAUCACCUACAGAGUUACGAUUUGCGCAAAUUAUCCAGUGGUCUGACCUCAGAAGAUGUCAUACCUUUGUUGAAGCACUUUGACAGCUCCCUUCCCACACUCGUUCUUAGUGAAUGCGUUCUUUGUUAUGCUUCACCAUCAGAAAAUGAGGAAAUAAUAAAAUUUUGGAAGCACCAAUGCAGGGGCCUUGUUUCAUUCCUCAUAUAUGAACCUAUGUCGUUGAAUGAUUCUUUUGGGGCAACUAUGACUAAGAACUUAUUACAAAGAGGAAUCAACUUGCAGACAUUUAACGAAUUACCCGAUUUAAACUCAAGACUAGUGUUUCUUUCUGAUAUAUGUGGGCUCUCCCAUAUCAAGUUAACAAACAUGAGUGAUGUUGGUGGAUAUGUCAUAUACUCUAGCUCAAAAAAACCAUGGAUUGAAGUUAGUGAUAUGAAACGUAUCAACAAACUUGAGUUUAUUGAUGAAGUUGAGGAAAUUAAAUUGCUAUUUGAGCAUUAUUGCCUCUGUUAUGCUGAAUCUAGUCCUGGCGAUAUCACAUUCGAAGGUGUCAAUGAAGUUAGAUGGGAGUCAGAUGACUGGUCAUAA